UUUUCCUUGUGGGCUCGCGCAAAGUUGACUGGGUGGCCUUCAAAGGAAAACAUCGCUUCUCCUCACAAAGGCCCACCGGAGGGAAAACACAGCCAUGGACCCGCUCGUGGGUGCCAUUGACCAGGGCACGAGCUCGACGAGGUUUCUAGUGUUCAAUGCCAAGACAGCUGAAUUAAUCACCCACCACCAGGUAGAAAUCAACCAAAGUUUUCCGAAGGAGGGGUGGGUGGAGGAGGAUCCCAGGGAAAUAAUACAAUCAGUCUACGAAUGUAUGGAGAAAACCUGUGAAAAACUUUGCCAGCGCCACAUUGACGUCGGCAACAUUAAAGCGGUGGGUGUGACCAAUCAGAGAGAGACAACCCUGGUUUGGGACAAAGACACGGGAGAACCUCUCUAUAAUGCUAUUGUCUGGCUAGACCUGCGCACACAAUCUACGGUGGAGAGGCUCAUCAACAAAGCACCAGACAAAAACAAGAAUCUCCUUAGGCACAAGACGGGUCUUCCCAUCAGCACCUACUUUAGUGCAGUCAAGUUGCGUUGGCUGCUGGACAACGUGGACACGGUGCAACAGGCCGCGCUGAGUGGGCGCGCCGUCUUCGGAACAGUGGACUCCUGGAUCAUCUGGUGCCUGACAGGUGGCAGGAACGGAGGAAUCCACUGCACAGAUGUUUCCAAUGCCAGUCGCACCAUGCUCUUCAACAUUCACACGAUGGACUGGGAUCAUGAACUCUGCAGUUACUUCGAUAUCCCAAUGGAGCUUCUCCCCAAAGUCAAAAGCUCCUCUGAAAUAUACGGCUGGAUGAAAACAACCAGCCUUGAAGGAGUUCCAAUCUCUGGGUGCCUCGGCGACCAGUCGGCCGCUCUGGUUGGCCAGAUGUGCUUCGAGGACGGCCAGACCAAAAACACGUACGGGACAGGAUGCUUCAUGCUCAGAAAUACGGGGCAGAGGCCUGUCAUGUCAGACCACGGCCUGCUGACUACAGUUGCCUACAAACUGGGAAGAGAUCAGCCUCCUUGCUAUGCACUCGAGGGCUCAGUGGCCAUCGCUGGGGCAGCAGUUCGAUGGCUCAAGGACAAUAUGGGAAUAGUGCAGUCGUCUGCGGAGAUCGAGAAGUUAGCUGCCUCAGCAGGGACGUCUUACGGCUGUUAUUUUGUGCCUGCCUUUUCCGGGCUCUACGCUCCAUAUUGGGAGCCCAGUGCACGGGGCAUCAUCUGUGGCCUCACGCAGUUCACCAACAAGAGCCACUUGGCUUUUGCUGCUCUCGAGGCCGUCUGCUUCCAAACCAGAGAGAUCGUCGAUGCAAUGAACAAGGACAGCGGUGCCCCUCUGGUGCAGCUGCAGGUGGACGGAGGCAUGACGGCGAACAGAUUACUCAUGCAGCUGCAGGCCGACAUCCUUGGCGUGUCUGUAGUGAAACCCUCAAUGUCCGAGACUACGGCUCUUGGUGCUGCCAUGGCGGCAGGGUCCGCAGAGGGCGUGAACGUGUGGACCCUAAGCCCCGGUGAUCUUCCUCACAUGACUUCUGAUAAAUACGAGCCUCAGAUCAACUGUGACGAGAGCGAGUUCCGCUUUGCUCGCUGGAAGAAGGCGGUCCAAAGAUCCAUGAACUGGGAGACCACAGAGCCAGGCUGCAGUGACAACGGUUUAGAGAAGGUGAACAAGGGCAUCCCGUGGGGGGUCUCUCCUCUUCCUCCUCCCCCAACCAGAGUGGAUCCCUAAGGUCCCCUGUUCUUUCUCUUCAAAACCCUCUGCAAGCAUGUUUGAGGCCUCGAGGAGCUCGGGAGCUGUGCGUUUUCUCCUUGGUGCGUCAAGGAAACCGGAAUACGCCUCUGCACGUCCUCCUCCACCGCUUUGAACACCAAGUCGGUGAUAUCUCGGCGAAGUCGGAUAAGUACCAUGCUGUCUUUAAUCUGACGCAUAUCUGCCAGCAUGACAUUUACAAACUGGCUUAAUACAUCAUGAUUUGGUAGAUUUGCUGUCGCCAAUUGAUCGUGAACAUCAGGUGAGUCUUUGUCGUGAUGAGGUUCAAAGCUCAAGGACAUGGUCUCUGCGUGACGAGGUUGUGCAUUUGCACAGUAGGAAGGAGGGUUUGAGGUGGAUGCCUCAGAUGGAAAUUCCUCAUUUGGAUCUUGCACAGCCUCGUCAUCGUCCAACGGGCUCCCAAAUGUACUUGUACCCGUCUCAUGAUCAUUACUCCCCUCAGUCUCAAGCUCUCCCUCUUCGUCCUCGUGAUCAUCGGACUUAUCCUCCUACGACAAAGUUGAUUGGAAAAUUACAAAUCAGCAGUCCAACAUUUGCAGGAUAACACGAUGCACUGGUUUCUACUUACCGGAUAGGAAUCGCCGCGUCUGCGAACGAUGUAGGGUCUCAGGAAAUCCAGUUUCUCUCUCAGCAUCCUUUGCUGGAAAGUGUUGACCCUCUCUGGGUGCCACAACACCCUUCCAUAUUGAGUCCGCAGAGACCUUGAUCUUCUGACAACAUCACAGACUGGAGUGAAGAAGUGAAAAUAAACACGGUAAAUGUCACCGAAUAAGCAACUCAAACGUUACCAUGUACAAUGUUGUAUGUAAAUGGCAAUUCAACAUGUGUCUCGUGACACUAUAGUACACUUCUAAUCAUUAAGGGUAAUCCUAUUUGCCAUGUUUAAUGGUUGACAAAAUGUUAAAUGUUGCCUCCAACUCUAUCUGCAUCGCACAGAUCCCUGAUGUACACGCCAAAUAGGACAAGAAGUAUCAUGAAAUAUUUGCGAACAAAGUAAGCCCGAAGUCCAGUCACUCGUACCAGAUUUCCCGAUCAACAAGGCGCACUCGGACCACAGCUUUGUCUUCAUAUCCCUGUCGUAGAAAGACUCCAGCGAGGAAUUAAACAAACAUUCGUGCCUUUUCCAGAAAUCGAUGAGUAUGUUAUCCCUUUUGGCGCCCCAGUGCGGCCCCCGAAUCUGACCACGAAAAUGUGCCAUAUCUUGUCGUUAUUUAGGAAACUGUGGCGUCCGUUUCCCCACAGACCGAUGACGUUCCGCUUCUUCUUUCGUUUGGCUAGACGAUGGAAGACCAAUACUGCCACCAUCUGGUGAGGAGGCCAACCAACCAACGAACGAACAUGGACUGUACGGGAAUUGGUUUAUUGUGGAGGGUAUGUGCCCGCUGUGCCACUUAAUUCUGCCAAAGCCGCUGUUUAGUGGCACAUCGCAGCACAAUCACUAUACGGGGCAGCCGUGAUGUUGUAGGUGAACAAGAACUGACGAAGACAUUGUUUCCAAAAAUAUAAAGUUGUGAAUUCAAAAGUGA